CACACUUCACUUUGAACCUCGAAGUAGAGACCUGAUUAAUCCUCACAUUUUAUUUACAGUUUUAAAAAUUACACUGUGUAUGUCUUCUACCAUACUGUUUUUAGCUAUGCCACAUACAAAAAAAUCCACAUCAUUGGAAAGCUGAUUUUCUGGCCUAUCAGUUGAUGCUACUGUUAACUGUCUGAAAUGUUGUUGGUAGCAGGUACAGGAGUCCCAAGUGUGUCUGCUCUCACUGGGACCGUUGAGACAAUACUGUUACCCAGAGGUGGCUGGGACAGUUUUGUUCACAGUACCUUGUCACAGAUUAACAAAAAGUAGACCAAAAAUAAAACAAAGGCCUUUUCUAAUUGAACAGAACCCACUGCAAAGUCCAAGAGUGAAUGUUUACUUCAUGAACUUCAUACAGGUCUACAUCUCAACCCCUGAGCAUAGUGUGUGUGUAGAGUUCAACUACCAUAAAACUUCAAUUAAAAGCCUAGUCCCAAUUAAAUGCCCAGUCCCCUUACAAGCCCGAUGUGGCUACACAUUUUGAAAAAUAAAUGCCUGUCUGACUUAGAGGCCUGAUCUGGUUGCUAAGCAGUUCUUUUUAUUUUUAGUAGAAAGAUGUAUAAAACCAGAUUGUUGGCUUCCUCAAAUUAUGUGUCCGUUCCACAAUUACCCCGUAAGUCAUUCAUAUUCCUUUAGUCUGUAUGGGUCCUCAGAUCAAAAGAAUCAAACGGGUAUUUCGUGAAAAUUAAUCCAAGUUGUGAGGAUUGUUUUAGUGGGAUAAAGUGGGGUUGUGUCUAUGCCGGAUGCUGUAAUCGUUGAGAGGCGUUACUCUCUCUUACUGUGAUGCAUUGUCUGUCAGAGCUAGAUCAAAUUAAUGAUUCAUACUUGAUAUAUUAUCUGAAGCCUAAUUUUGAAACAACUAGUUUUCAAUACUGGAUUAAAUAAACAAUUUGAUCGUGUUCCCAUCUUUGCUGAGCACCAGUUUUGUGUGAAAGAAAUUAAAAGCCUGUCCCAAAUAUAGGCCUCUUGAUUUCAGUGAUUUAAGCAAAUAAUAGCUCGAUAAGUUUUAUGGUAUGCAACUUUUUAAACUUUCAAGAUUUAUUGACUUUUUUUUCUCAAAAUGAAACAAACUCAACAGCCUACAUCAACAUAUAGGCUUCAUAUAGCCGACCACACUGAGCAGAUAGGUGCCACUGAGUGAAGACUCGCAGGACAACCAAAUUCCAUAUCUCAGUAGUUUAUGAAAAUAUAAAAAUUUUAAAUGUAUUCUUUUUCUGAAAGAAAUGUGUGAAGUGACAUUGGAAAUACAAGGUGUCCAAAUUUGAACUGCUAUUUUUAGCUUUGAUUUAAAUGUUUUCCCCCUCAGAAUAAGGUGUCCAAACCCACCCUAUCCACGGGCCCAACCGUCCUGCCGAGGCAGAAUUUUGGGGGAAUGCACUCCUUGUAUAUCUAAAAACCCUACACAAAGUUGGUAUAGUCCAAGUCAAAGUAUGAUCGAUGUUGUUUACGCAUCCCAUGUAUGAACUGAAGGGCGGUCACACUAUUUGUCCGUCCCACAGCAGCCUUCAGGUGUGCCUAAUGCAAAUGUUAAAGACAGGUCAGCUGGCACGGCUGGGUGUGCAAGCAGGCCUAAUAAGAGCCUUUUAAACGGCAAAGGACUACAGUAGAAAAUUACCCACGAGGGAUCACAUCACUUCAAAUGCGACCUACAUGUGUUAUAUCUUUGAUAUCUGUGUUUCCCCUCCUCAUGUGGGGAUGUGGAUGCACAGCGCGCUACGCAGCAAACUGGACCAGUCUGGAUGCCAGACCUCUGCCCCAGUGGUUCGACCAGGCCAAGAUCGGGAUCUUCGUCCACUGGGGGGUCUUCUCGGUCCCUGGCUUCGGCCAGUAUAGUGAGUGGUUCUGGUACUGGUGGCGCUCUGAAAGGCGCACAGAAGAAGUGGAGUUCAUGCAGAGAAACUACCCGCCGGGCUUUAAGUACGCGGAUUUUGCGCACGAGUUUCGCGCGGAAUUCUUCGAUCCGGAUAACUGGGCAGAGAUAUUCAAAGCCUCUGGAGCCAGGUAUGUGGUGUUCACAUCCAAACACCACGAAGGAUUCACAAACUGGCCCUCAGCAGGCUCCUGGAACUGGAACUCAAUGGAUGUAGGUCCUCACCGGGACCUGGUGGGAGAACUGGCUGCAGCUGUUAGGAAGAGGUCACUGCGUUUGGGUCUGUACCACUCUCUGUAUGAAUGGUAUCAUCCCCUAUUCUUGUUGGACCAAGCUUUGGGGUUCAAGACUCAGAAUUUUGUUUCCCGUAAGACUCUUCCAGAACUAGUGAACCUCGUGAUGGCGUACAAACCGGAUCUGAUCUGGUCUGAUGGGGACUGGGAAGCACCAGAUACCUACUGGAACUCCACCCAGUUCCUGGCCUGGCUCUACAACGACAGUCCAGUGAAGGAUGUCGUGGUUACCAAUGACAGGUGGGGUAAAGGCUGCUACUGCAAACAUGGAGGCUACUAUAACUGUGCUGACAGGUACACGCCUGGUAAACUUCCAGACCACAAAUGGGAGAAAUGCCAGUCCAUCGACACCCGUUCCUGGGGCUACCGAAGAGACAUGAAGCUAAGUGAAGUCAUGGACCUGCCGUCCAUCAUAAAGGACUUGGUAUAUGUGGUGGCAAUGGGUGGUAACUACCUGCUGAACAUUGGACCUAUGGCAGAUGGCAUGAUUGCCCCGGUGUUUGAGGAGAGGCUGAGGGGACUUGGUGCCUGGUUGGAGAUUAAUGGGGAGGCCAUCUAUGCCUCCAGACCCUGGAGGGUCCAGACGGAGAACAGCACUGUCACUGUCUGGUACACCGCCAAAAACAAUACAGUUUACGCCAUAAUCCUCGGCUGGCCGUCCAAACAGCUGCUUCAGCUCACAGCGCCAAGGACGUCUGGAGCCACAACAGUUACACUUAUGGACUAUCCUAACGUACCACUGAAGUGGGCACCAGUGACACCAGCAGCUGGACUGAUGAUUCUUAUGCCGUCUAUGCCAGUAUCUCCUGGAAAAGCCUGGGCUCUGAGACUGGAGGGAGCAGUGUAACGUCAGAGAGUUGUGACAAAGUCAAGUCAAAGGGCAUCUCUCUCACACUACAGUUUCUGUGUGUGUGUGUGUGUGUAUUUGUAAAUCAAGUGCUACAGGCUUGAAGUGUCAAGGUCAAAUAUUAUUUACUAUGCGCACAGUAAUAUGAAAAGGGUGUCAAAAUGCAAAGCACCAUUUUCGGGUCAGUCACAGUGAGCCAUUUAACUCCCUCAGCUAUCUAUUGUAAAGACAUAUAAACACACACACUGUAUAUAAUCUCAAUCUGUCUUUGAGAAUUAGAAAUAUAUAUAUACUUACAGGUGGAUGGGUGUCUUGCCUUAACCACUGUAUUAAAGCCUUUAAGACUAGUCAUGCUUCUAUUAAUCGUGGUUACAAGCCCAUUUUUCAUAGUUUCCUAAACAAAGAUAAAUCAAGUGUACAGUACACUCAGCGUGUGUGUGUGUGUGUGUGUGUGUGUGUGUGUGUGUGUGUGUAAUGGACAAUUGCUCGUGGUUAUUACUGUAAUAUUUCUUGUUCAAUUUAAAAAGCCAAAGGAGGCAGGAAAACAUUAUUUUCUUUCAGAAUUUUCAAGCAGCUCCUUUGAAAAGCGAUUAAUCAUUGUAAAUAUUCAUAAGCAUAAAAGAGCUUUUCAUAAAAACCUGCACAAUCACAUUGUUUCCUACAGGUCCCAGAAGCUUCUAGGUCAGCUAGACCGAAAUACGCAGUAACUGUUACGGACCAUUUUUAAUUUGAAGGCCUGAAUUUUGGGGUAAAGAGCACCCAAGGGGAAAAAUACUUGCCUUAUUUUUAGAGGUAGUUGCAGACAAAGUUUUUUGUGUAGCAACUGGUACUUAAUCAUACAUGAGUUGGGUAUUUGGUUUUGCUUUAUAUCAUCAUAUGUUCAUAUUUUAGUUUGCUGCCUCUGUAUUUCCAGCAGAUUCAUGUUUUUGAGAGUCGGCGGCAGCGCUACACAUCUGCUUGUUACAGGUCGAAGGUGAAGUCAGGAAAUUAGGGACAUGUUGUGAAGAAGUUGUUAUGGAUCUCUGCAAUAUUUCUUUAGAGAACAUAUGUUGCCAAGUAGAAAUUGUGGACGUUCAAACACAUCAUGAACCCUUACCUCAUUUUGCUGACAUGUUCAGAUAAAAUAGGACAGUCAUGUUUGUUUUAAAUGGUUGAAUCAAUUUAUUAGUUCAGUCAUUAAUUAAUUAAAUCA